UUUCUAUAGUAUAUAAUAAAUAUUUCUUUUUCUACUCUUUUGCUGCUUAAAUUUUUUAGUGUCCUCAACGCAAAUCCAUCAAAGUUCUUGUCAGAGAUGACCAGAUUUGUGUAGUACACAUUUUUGUUCCAGAAUUUGGUGUUUUUACUAUUAGGAAAUGCUUCUUACAUAAGAACCAUGAGAAGUACAUCCUUCUUUCCUCCGUGAAGUUAGAGGGAAUAUAUAUUGCAUCCUGAUUAUCCUGCUUAUGCUCACAAGGGAUAAUUCUGAGGGAUAAACAAAAAUAACAGAAAACAUUCCUCACUGUUUGCCAAGAGUCACCAUGGUGGUCUGGAAUAACAAUGAUACUGUGGAGCCCAUAUUUAUUCUGAGGGGUUUUCCUGGGCUGGAGUAUGUUCAUUCGUGGCUCUCAAUCCCACUCUGUCUUGCAUACUUGGUAGCAUUUAUUGGUAAUAUUACCAUCCUCUCCGUCGUUUGGAUAGAGUCCUCACUCCACCAGCCCUUGUAUUAUUUCCUUUCCAUCUUGGCACUAACUGAUCUAGGUAUGUCCCUGUCCACACUUCCCACCACACUUGCUGUGUCAUGGUUGGAUGCUCAGGAGAUCCAGGCAAGUGCUUGCUAUUGUCAGCUCUUCUUCAUCCACACAUUUACUUUCCUGGAGUCCUCAGUGCUGCUGGCUAUGGCCUUUGACCGUUUUGUUGCUAUCUGCCGUCCACUGCACUACACCACCAUUCUCACCAACAGUGUAAUAGGCAAGAUUGCUUUGGCCUGCUUGCUAAGAAGCAUGGGAGUUGUACUGCCCACGCCUUUGCUACUGAGACACUAUCACUACUGCCAUGUCAAUGCCCUCUCUCAUGCCUUCUGUUUGCACCAGGAUGUUCUGAGAUUAUCCUGUUCAGAUGCCAGGAUCAACAGUGUUUAUGGACUGUGUGUAGUUAUCUCCACACUUGGCAUGGAUUCUAUUUUCAUACUUCUUUCUUAUGUCCUGAUUCUGAAUGCUGUGCUGGGCAUUGUAUCUCGUGAAGAGAGGCUAAAGGUACUCAACACAUGUGUAUCCCAUAUCUGUGUAGUGCUCAUCUUCUUUGUGCCAGUUAUUGGGGUGUCAAUGGUCCAUCGCUUUGGGAAGCAUCUGUCUCCCAUAGUCCACAUCCUCAUGGCUGACAUCUACCUGCUUCUUCCCCCAGUGCUUAAUCCUAUUGUCUACAGUGUGAGGACAAAGCAGAUUCGUCUAGGAAUUCUCCGCAAGUUUGGACUAGGGAGGAGGCUUUAACCUGUAUCCUCCAGUUUUCUCACUGAAAAAUCUUGCGGCAGCUAUUUGAGUAGCUGAGAAGUAAAAUAUUUGGGGCUUGAUCACUUGGUUAAAUUCCUAAUUUUUUCACUUCCUAUAUAUAUGUUCUCAGUUAAUCAUCAACGCUUAUGCGAUUAACGUUUUCAUAGCCGAAUUGUGAUAAGUACGGCCUUUUCUAUCUCCAAGAUAAUUAUGAGACUUAUAAUAGACAAUGCAUGUAAAAUAGGUGUUUUUGAAAACUGUACAAUUUGUUGAUAUUAUUAAAUUAUUAUUCUUAGUUAUAAUAAUAACAAUAAGUUUCCUCAUGUAAUGUAGCUAUGUUUAUAUAGUUUCUCAUGUUUAUGAUCUAAAACUCAGAAAUCUCUCUCUGUCUCUCUCUUUUGCUAACACAUUGGACCAUAUUUUGUCUCUCAUGCCAAAAUGUUAUAACCUUUUAUGA